ACGUAUGCAUUGAGCUACUGAAUAGGCAACAUGUUAUUUUACGCGCUUAGUGCAUUUACAAUAUUUGGAUUAUCUUCAGCUAGUGAACAUACACUUCCUGUAACCAUCUGCAAACGACAUUCACCUAAUUAUUCUGCCUGUUUAAAGUAUUCUUUGAAAGAAGCAUGGCCACGAUUUGUAGCAGGGAUCCCAGAAUUUAAGUUUCCAUCUUUGGAUCCAUUAUUUUAUGAAUAUGGUAAAGCUGUAUUUAAUUCAGGAGAAAUACGUGCAGAGGUUAUUUUGUCAAAUAUUUCUGCUUUUGGUUUAUCAAAGAGUUGCUUUUCUGAUAUCAGGACACACUUUCUUAAUGACGUUUUUCGUCUAGAAAUUGAUGUAUUGGUACCGAAAGUAAUGCUAGAAGGUACCGUGAAAAUGAAUGGUACUAUGAGUAUAUUCAAAAUUGCUAGAAAAGGUUAUUUUAAUUUAACUGCUGAUGAUGCCACAGCAACAUGGGAUUUAACAGGUUCUGUAGUAAAUGAUACAUGGAUUGUAGAACAUUUUCGUACAUUUCCAUCAGUUAAAAAGCUUAAAUUGUAUUUUGAUUUGUUCUCAGACAACAAAGAAUUUAAUAAUCUUGCUGUAACUUUUGCAAAUGAAUUCUGGCCACCAUUAUAUCGAGUAAUGUUACCAAUAGUAUCCGAUGAAUGGGAUUUAUGGUUAACUAAUAUUGCUAAUAACUUUUUUUUGAAAGUUUCCUUUUCAAAAUUAUUUCCAUGAAAAUUUAUAAAAUAUUUAUACAUAAAAAUUAUCGUCAGAUUUAAUGUACAUUAUAUAUGCACUAUUAUAUAUUUUUAUAUGUAAUGUUAUUGGAUUGUUUAGGUUUCAUUACAUUCUUUGAUCGCCUAUAGUCCGAAUUCAGAUUUCUUGGCUUUGAGUCUGAAUUCUUUAUUCUUAUGGAAAUUUUUAAUAUUUUUAAUUACGAUGUUUUGUAUAAUUAUUUUUUAAGUUUGCGUACAACUAAUGCUUUAUUCUUUUUUUUAUAAAAAAAUUAAUUUUU